AUGUCUACAGAGUUCAUCUGUUCUCUCAUGUGGGUCUCCUUCCUUCUCUUGAUUGCAUUUUCUUCUCUCAGUUUCUUGAGGAGCAAACAAAGCCAAACCAGAAGGAAACAGAAGCUCCCACCAGGUAAAAUGGGGCUCCCAUGGAUCGGAGAGACCAUGGAUUUCUUCAAUGCACAGAAAAGAAACAAGCUGUUCGAGGAUUUCUUGCAGCCUCGGAUUCUGAAACAUGGGAAGAUCUUCAAAACAAGGCUCAUGGGAUCACCAACUGUGAUCGUGAAUGGAUCAGAAGCCAACAAGUUUUUCAUGUCCAAUGAGUUUAAGCUGGUGAGAAGCUCUUGGCCUUCGUCUUCAGUUCAGCUCAUGGGGAAGGACUCGAUCAUGGAGAAAGAUGGCGAAAGGCACCGAUUCCUUCGUGGGGUUAUAGUCUCAAGCUUUGCUCAUUCUGGACUAGAAACUCUCGUCUCAAGGAUCUGUAACUCAGUUCAGCUUCACAUUUCAAGAAACUGGCAUGGCCGAGAAGAGAUUCACCUCUACAGGUCGGCCAAAGUUCUGACUUUCAAUGUAGUGUUCGAGUGUUUAAUGGGGAUGAAGGUGAAGCCAGAGAUCCUUAACACGUUCGAGAAGGUUCUGGAAGGAGUGUUCUCGCCAGCAGUUAAUAUUCCUGGUUGUAAGUUUUGGAGAGCGAAGAAGGCGAGGAACGAGAUAGAGAAGAUGCUGAUGAAUGAGGUGAGGGAGAAGAGGGAGAUAUUAAUGGAAGGAAUGUUAAAGAAAGAAGAAGGGAUGCUUCUGAGUAAACUGGUUCGUGGGAUCAUUAAAGGUGAGAUCACUGAACAAGAAGCUGUUGACAACAUGGUUCUGCUGGUUUUUGCAGCUCAUGAUACAACUUCUUUCGCCAUUGCCAUGACUUUCAAGAUGCUCGCUCACCACCCUGACUGCUACGCUAAACUCCUUCAAGAACAUGAAGAAAUACAGAAGAAGAAAAGGUGGGGUGAGAAUGUGACACUGGAAGACGUAAAGAGGAUGAAAUAUUCAUGGCAAGUUGCGAGAGAAAGCAUGAGAUUGCACCCUCCUAUCUUUGGCUCCUUCAGGAAGACUGUUGCUGACAUUGAUUAUGAGGGCUUCACCAUACCCAAAGGAUGGAAGGUGCUAUGGACAGCAUAUGGGACACAUUACAAUGAAGAGUAUUUCAAGGAUGCAAUGAGGUUCGAGCCAAGUAGGUUUGAGGAAGAUGAGGCAAUAAAAAUACCACCAUAUGCAUUUGUUGCCUUUGGAGGAGGACCUAGGCUGUGUGCUGGCUAUCAACUGGCUAAGCUCAAUAUACUCAUCUUUCUGCAUUAUGUUGUCACUCAGUUUCGGUGGUCCUUGAUCCAUCCUCAUCAUGAUGAUGAGCCUAUCACUUUGGAUCCCUUGCCCUUCCCUUCUCUUGGAUUGCCCAUCAAAGUUUCUCCCAAAAAUGUCCCUCAUUAA